AUGCUUGAGUAUGCAUCCAUCCAUCGGGCAGCAGUGGACACAAUGACCCAGCGCAGAGACUUGCGAGACUUGGAGCUGAUGGACUAUGAGUGGAAGAUUGUUGGUCAGCUGUGGGAUGUGCUGAAGAUUCUGAAAGACGCCACCAUGUUUUUUUCACGCACUGUCCCCAAUCUUGCCACUGUAAUACCAGCCAUGGAUCUAAUAGACGAAAAACUAACUACAUACUCUCUUGACGACAAAUACCUUCCUGCGAUCCACGCCGCUGUGGGACUGGCCAAAAAAACAUUAAAUCGCUACUAUCAAUUGACGGACCACUCUGACAUGUACUGUAUUGCGAUGAUUCUUCAUCCACAUCAUAAACUUGUGUAUUUCAAGGUGGUGAAUUGGGAGAAUGAGUGGAUUGAUGCUGCCGAGAAGCUGCUGAGGGAUGAGUUUGAGCGGUCAUACUUAGACUCCUCCCUGGUUGAAUCCGACAAAGACAGCACAGUCAUUCCAUCAGCUGCAUCAGUGAGUUUUGUUCUGUCUCCCAACCAUGUGCUGUACUAA